AUGGUAUAUCUCGCAAUCCGGACUCAGCGUAUGCUGUUGCCUGCUGACGAGAGGUCCUGGGGAGACUCGUACGGGGCCGUAGGAAUCCUGCGACACCAGCACUGGUUCACGAACUAUGGAAAGAAUGUCAGUGGAAAAAAUGUCUGCCCUGUGAGAAAUACGUGGGCUGAAAACCGUUGGCCGCUAGGUACAGAUACUGGUGCCGUGAGCCCUGUGUCUGCAAAGUCAUCCCGGCACGUCACUCAGGAAGCCCACCCGCCCACUGCAAGCUCACAUGUGGACGGGGAGCAACCUUUACUGAAGGAUACACAGCAAGACGACUCCGACAUAGGUAGAGGCGAUGGCACGGGCGGUGUAGAGAGUCAGCGGCGUGCGGAACUGGAGCUUGACUACUCCUCGUGGGAAUCUGCAGGGAUCUGGUUGGUCCCGCAGAUCGCUGAACCCUCCCGGUCUGCUGCCUGCAUGAGGUACCGGGAACCUUGGCGCCAUUCCCUUUCUCUUUCUUUGGAGAAUGGGCGGAGAGAUACCUGCCUCAUCCGGGCGAUCACAGUAGAUAGUGCAUGUAUCUCUGCUCUAGUCAGGAAGUGUACCAACAUCUAUCUAGUGCCCCCGUUGCAAGGUACUCUGUACGGAUACAGAAAAGGAUUCAAAGAAAGAAUCCAGAUCCCUCGGUCGGGUGGCGGGCUGCAUCAGAGACAGACCCAGCCAGUAGUGGAACAUCCAUCCGCACCCCCCUCCAAUCCCCUCCCGUCUGCCGUCCUCCCACGCCCAGGUUCAUGGCCGAAUCCAGCACGAAGUAACCGUACGUCCCUGAUGAUUGAUGGCCCUUGCUUCCCUGCUUCCUGCGGGUUGCUGCCGCUGUCGCUCUCGCCGUUCCGUCCCAAACCCCAACCCAAAGCUUCCUUCUUGCUUGCACUGCUCAACUCUUUUUCCCUUCACACACUUGCGCCUAACAAGCUUUCUCUGUCCAACAACACAAAACACUUGACCAAGGGGCCUCAGCGUCCGACCGGCCAUGCAUAUCCGCUCGCACCUCCCACCUUCGACAUCUCAAUAGUAGACUACACCCUACAUGUACACUUGGUGAUGCUGUGCGAGACCCCGCUGGCUUUCGCAAGACGUGCCGGCAUCCCGAAGCCCCUCCGAACCAUCACUCAGCCUCCAUAA